AUGGAUAACAUUGACAUUAACGCAGGUGGUCUAAUCAAGAGUGCCAUUAAAUUUGGCAUGAAUAAAUACAUGGACCAUAAGGCCAAGAAAACAUGCGAGCGAGUCUUGAAUGUUCAAUUUCAAAAGCUCAUGGACCAGGGUUACCUUUCUGUUAUUGGUGAUGGCGGUUUUCAACUUACCAACAAGGCACUGGCGGAAAAAAUUGGGUUGACGGCUUACCCAGAUGUGUUGGAAUACAUGCAAAUUAUGAACUUUAAUGCAGAAGAAGUUGCCGUAGUAGCAGGCACAUGCGUGCAAAUCUGGCUUAAUAAAGAAUACCAGCCAUGGGAUAAGAGGGUUGGAAGUGCAUGGCCAAAGAGUGCAAAAUUAGCGGCGCCUAUGAGACAGAGAGCUACUGAUGCGUUGAAUAUGUGGUACGCCCCAAAUAACGUUGGUGCACAGCAAUCAUUUAAUCAAUCAAUGGCAUAUCUUGUUAACGCAGAGGCCGCGCUGGAAGGCGAUGAUCCCGAUGCGAAGAACAACAUACUGGUUAUUGUGACUCGCAUUAUAGGUCUUGCACAGAUGUGUGGAAUUUCAGAGAUCGGCCUGAAAGACAUUAUGGAAGGAUUAUCAAUGUCAUAUUUAUUCGAGACGAUUGCACGCGCUCUAAUAGCUAAAAUGCGUGGUCAGCAUCCAUCAGAUGUAUUCAAUAUCGGUCUUGGCAUCCAAGGAAGUUCAGAAAAUGUGCACAAAAAUUUUGCGAUAGAAGCGAAGAGAUUUAAAGGACCGCGGGAAGUUAUUGGAAAAUAUACUGGUGGUAGAGUAGUGUUAAAUUCAAUUAACGCCGAGGUAGUCGUAAGAGAUCCGCUAAGUGAAGGGGAAAAAAUUUGGUGUAUGAAAGGAUGGGCAGAAACAUUGAGGAGGCAAACAGCUAAAUUAAAGGAAAAUGCCGCAACAGACAUUCAUGGCAACCAGCUACGACGCACUAAAUUAUUUAAAGUAACUUUAAGUAUUAAGAGAGUCGAUGGAGUGCCGCUGGCCAAAAUUAAACAGGUUGGACCCCUUUUAGUUACUGACAAGAUCUGGGGUGGCAUCACAGGUACUGCUUGUCCAUGCACCAGUCCAGAUCCGCGUAAGAAACUCAAAGGAAAACGCGUGGGUAAAGUGAAUGUAAUUUUUAAAAGUCUUGACCCCUUAAAUAUGAAAAUUGUUCCUCGAAAGUCCGUUUUCGUGCUUGAAACGUACGGAGAUGCUGUUGUGCACCUAUUUCUUUCACACUGCUUAACAAGUGCGUAUGUCAGAGCGGACAAAGAAUGUUUGUAUUGUGCGGUUUGUAGGGCCGUAGGAACUGGAUGUAAUUCGAUCUUAUUAUAA